ACAAGGUUCGCCAACCCACUCUUCUAUUUGCCAAACGAGAAAAAAACAACAAGGCAUACCAGAAGCAAAUGGCAAGGUCCUCUUCUAUUAUUCUCUUCUUGGCAUUCUGCUUGUUCUUCACAGCCGUGAUCAUCGAUGCAAGCAACGGCAGCGAUCAUGGGUUGAGCUUUGUUCCGGGCAAGGCCCGCUGCCAGGGUUCCAUUGCAGAGUGCAUGGCUGAAGAUGAGUUUGACAUGGACUCUGAGAUCAACCGGCGUAUCCUGGCCACCACAAAGUACAUCAGCUAUGGAGCUCUGCAGAGGAACACGGUGCCAUGCUCGCAGAGAGGUGCUUCCUACUACAACUGCCAGCCCGGCGCACAGGCUAACCCCUACAACCGUGGCUGCAGUGCCAUCACUCGCUGCCGUAGUUGAUGAAGCUAGAUUAGAAUGCUACACAGAUGUUCAUUCCAUAGACGUGUGUGAAUUCUCCUUUUGCUGUUCAUAGUGUUUUUGUAUUCUAUCUACAUCUCAUAUACAGUUUCAUACUUUACAUAAAUGAAA